AAGGGUGCGCGUGGGGAGAGGGGCAGAGGCGCGCGUGCAGAGGCCACGCGCUUAGUCUCCGCAUCCUGGGCGCUGCCGGCUGCCAGCCUCUGGGCCAGCAAUCAUGAGGACCAAGCAAGUGAACUUGCUCAUCUCCUUCGUCGCGGUCACGCUCUUCAGCUUCUCCUGCUUCUGCAUCUCCAGGCUGACUCAAACUUACAAUCAAUUAAUUAGCUGUAGAAACCACGUUUUGGAGUUUAGGGAAACUAUGCUGCAUUUAAAAAACAAAACUGAAAACAACCGUCAGGAGCUGAUAAAAGCCUUGAAUCAGAUGAAGUAUGAAAUUACACUGAGAGACAAUGAAUCCAGAAGCUUAGAUGAGAAAAUGGUUACCCCGAGUGAGAACGAAACAGCAUCUAAUAGAUUUGAAGCCUUGAAGUUCUUUUUUCCACAUCUAAGGAAAGUUGCCAGGGUCUAUCCUGAUGUAAUCAUUGGCAAAGGGAAAAGAGAUGUUACCUUUGCUCUAGGUAUUUCCACUGUUAACAGAGGAGCACAUAGUUACCUGAAGCAAACUCUGAACUCCAUCAUGACUAGGAUGACACCUUCAGAAGAGAAGGACUCCGUGGUGAUUGUCUCUAUUGCAGAUAGUAAUGAAGAUUAUUUAAAGUCUGUUGUUGACAUGAUUAUGAAAAGAUUCAGAAGGCAAGUGAAAUCUGGAUCCCUAGAGGUCAUUUCAGUACCAGCCUUUUUAUACCCAGAUAGGUUACAUACCCAGCGGCCAACUGUCUCAGAGCGUAAGAGUUGGCACAUGAAACAAGUAUUGGAUUUUUGUAUAUUGAUGCUGUAUGCCCAAUCCAAGGCCAUGUAUUAUUUACAGCUAGAAGAUGAUAUCAUAGCUAGAAAGAUGUACUUCACAAAAAUGACAGAUUUUUUACAUAAUAUCACUUCGAAUAAUUGGUUUUAUAUUCAGUUUUCAGUACUUGGAUUCAUAGGAAAACUGUUUAGAACCGAGGACUUGCCUGGCUUUGUACAUUUUUUUCUAAUGUUCUACAAAGAUAAACCCAUAGACUUGCUCUUGGAGACCAUAUUUCAGGUAAAGAUGUGUGAUCCAGCAGAAAAUUUUAAAGAAUGUUCAAAACGCCAGAAACACAUACUUCUUCAGCAUAAACCUUCUCUUUUCCAGCACGUGGGUAUACAUUCGUCACUUCCUGGAAAAGAACAAUAUUACAAAAAAAUUCUAAGAUAAUAAGAAUAUCAAGAAGAAACUGCAAUACUUGGAACUUCAAAUAAACUUGAUUUCUAAUAUCAUCUUUCAGAAAUUGAAAUAGUGAGAAUACUUAAUCAUCCAGAAGAGAAAAAGCAAUGAAGAAAUUGACAACCUUGAAAGUUUUAAAUGACCUCUUAUGCCAAGGGGGAACAAAUAGAACAGGAAGUGUGGGUGCAACUCAGUGGUAGAGUGCUUGCUUAGAAUGUACAGGUUCCAUCCCCCAGUACUGCCAAAAUAAUGAUAAUAAUAACAGUAAUAAUCGAUCUUUUUAUGUAUGAUGUGUGUAACUACUACAAUUUACUAUCUAAAAAUCAGUAAAGGCAGGGACAUUUUAAAAAAUUAAGAACUGUAUUCUAUCAACAUAGAAAACAAGGCUAUCCCAUAAUCUCAAUAAAUAGCUAAAGCUCAGAAAUGUAUUACUGUCACAGACAAGUUCUGUCCAAUUGGCAUAUGGUCUUCUCCAUCUUGCUGCAAUACCUAAAGAAAUAGAAAGCACAAAUUUGAGCAAGGCUGGCAGUGCCAAACAUCUUCUUGUGUUUUAAUAAAUAACAUUGCAAACUCUAAACUUAUUCCUAGGUGCCAUUUAAGCUGAUUAUUAAACACCUUGUUAUGUAAAUAUUCUUGAUAACCAUUUCAUUUGAAGGAUUUGUUUAACCUGUGGAUUAUUUGGGAGUAUGUUUGCUUUUUCAUACAAGCUAAUAUAUUUUUGUUUUGCUGAUGUUAGCUUUAUUUCCAUUUAUUUUUAUUGUUGAUUUCUAAUUUGAUUGCAUUGUUAAGAGAAUGUUAUCUGUGUGAUAAAAGUUUAGAACUGUUGUGAAUCCUUAUGUUCAGUAUGAUUUUGGAAAAAUUGUAUAGUUUCUGUAUACUUCUUUAAAAAUAUGUGGAUCUCAUUUGUUUUUACAAAUGUUGAUUUUAUGCUUUAAACAUGUCUUUUUAAAGUAUUCCUAAUUAUCGGGUCUGGGCUUUUCAUUUGGUUGCUUAAAUCUUUUAAAACAUUAUUUGUUCUGCCUCACCCAUCAGUUUCUUACAGGGAUCUAUUAAAAUGUAUUGUUUUUUUUUCCUUGCUGUUUUUCUUUUGGAUUUGACUUUAUUUAUUUUGAGCAAUAUAAGAGAUAUUUCUUGCUUUUUAUCCUUUAAUCAAAUGCAUCUUAAUUUUUUAUUGCCAUCUUACCUGUACCAAUUCUUCACACAUUUACCUCAGUAUAACUUUAUCACAUGCCAAUUUGCAAAGAAAAUAUGAAAGACGUGCUGUUCACAUGUGUCCAUUUAGUUGUUCUUUUAGAAGAGGAUAUAUGUAUGUUACAAAGAUUUUAAAUUUAACUUCAAUUUUGAAAUUUUAAAAUUAAGUCUGCUAGAGCAUAUUCCAGGUUCAUAUGUAGAAUUAAAAUUAAAUCUAGGUACAGUUUUAUUCAAGAGGCAACGUUCUUUGGGGGGACAUUCUGGAUCCAAAUUACAGCAGAACAUUUAUGUGAAUUUCUAGUAAUGUAGCAA